CAGAGGCACCGUGGGACGCAAAGACGUGACUACGUAUUACCGUUGGAAACGGCGGCGAUUGUAGCGGGAGAGUACAGAUUGUCAUGCCAAAAUCUGUUGUUUACAUGGCGAAGAACAUAAAAAACCUUGCUUCCACAAUUUUAAAGGAAAAUAUGGAGUGACACAAGAUAUGUACUUCUUUCGUAAAGCACGUUAAAUGUUGAUGGUACCUUUGUUACCAAAGGUCGAGUUGAUAGCACAGCAAAGCCACAGUGGCUAUCCGGUACAACAUUAUAGUACAUAUUUUGCCAGAUAUCAACAGGUGAAUUCACUUACUAGCUAACGUUAAGUUAGCUAACGUUAGCUAAGUAACUUGAAAGGACUCCCUGACAUAUUGCUACAAUGACGUCGAGAGUGUGGCAACACCCCUAUGUCAACAUCUUCAAACACAUGAGAGUUGAGGAAUGGAAGAAGACCUCAAGAGAGGGAGAUGUGACAACCUAUAUGGACAAAACACUGAUGUGUUCAGUGUUUCGGAUCCGGGGGUCCAUUCCAGCCAGCAAUUACAUCCUUCUGCCCAAGACCAGCACUCAGUCCCUGGGGCUGACAGGACGCUACCUCUACCUGCUCUUCAGACCCAGUCCUGCCAAACACUUUGUAGUGCAUAUGGACAUCGCUGCUGAGGAGGGUCAGGUGAUCCGUGUCUCCUUCUCCAACCUGUUUAAGGAGUUCAAGUCCACGGCCACCUGGCUGCAGUUCCCCUUCCUGUGUGGAGCGGCCAAGGGCUCGGUGUACGAGAGCACUGCAAAAACAGCCAGACACGGACUGUUGGGUCCCGCCCCCUCUACGGUGCGUUGGACCUGUCUGAUGAUGGACCUGCAGUACAUUCUCUCUGUCUACCUCAACCGCCGCCACAGCCACCUGAAGACAGUCAAACUGUGUGCCAACAUGUCUGUGAAAAACAUGUUCACCAGUGACCUGGUGCUAGACCCUGGAGUGUCCUUCAAUGAGGCAAAGCAGGCCGGGUUGGCGUCAUCUCUGGGCACAGGCCCCAUGCCUAGGGAGAUGUCCUUCCCUGUGCCCAAGGGAGGCAGCUGGCAUGACCUCUAUGACUACAUCAGGUUUCCAUCAGACGGAGCCAAGAUGCCCUUUGACUCCAUUCAGAAAGGCUAUCCCAGCGCUGUAUCUACAUGUUCCCCAGCAGAGAGGAGUCCCAUGAGAGAGAUGUCUCGCAGUGUGAACAUCAGCAAACCAGUGCAAGACAGAGUGUCACUCAUCCAGCAGAUCACCACCCCCAAACUACACCCAAGGCAUCGCACCACUCUGGAGACGUCCAGUAUUGCUGAGCUGGGAGUGGUCACAUCUGGCCUGAACGGCCAAGACACAUCACAGGACGACUGGCAUUGCCCUGGCGUCAACCUGGGAAAAGGUCAGGGGUCGAGGACCUCCAGGUCGCACCGCUCGGCUGUCAGGAUACCGUGCACGGACGAUGGGGGCGUGCACGUUUACGCCCACACCGAGGAUGACAUCAACACCCACAGAGACGACAGUGACGUAGAGGAGAUUGUUUGUACAGCAGUCUCAAGACCUGUCACUCUUCCCAUAGCCAAGGAAUCCCAACAGCGGAAGCUGCAUCCUGACCCCAUCCUCAGGCUCAACAGAAUCAUUGGUUUUGGGGGAGCCACUAUGAAAUGUGCUCUAUGGACUAAGUCUGGGGAUACGGUGGUGUAUCCCUGUCACGCCAUCAUCGUCUCCAUGAAGGUCUCCUCCGGACAGCAGAGGUUCUUCAUCGGCCACACUGAUAAGGUGUCUGCUCUCACGUUCAAUGGGAACAGCACAGUGCUGGCCUCGGCCCAGACCGGCAUUCAGAGUGUGGUGCGGGUUUGGAACUACCUCAAGGCCAACUGCUUGGCCAUGUUCAAGACCCACGCUCACUCACUGUCCUCGUUGAGCUUCUCCUACAGCGGUGGGGUUCUAUGUGGAGUGGGGAAAGACGGCCACAGUAAAACAAUGGUGGUUGUGUGGAACACCCUGCGUGUCACUAAAGGAGGAGAGGUGACUGUCCUGGCCAAAGCACACACCGACGUGGACAUACAGACCAUGAAGAUUGCCUUCUUUGAUGACACACGGAUGGUGUCCUGUGGUCGGGAUAACGUUCGGUUGUGGCGUGUGCGGAGCGGGGCCCUGCGGUCUUGUCCGGUCAACCUGGGGGAGUACCACGCCCUGGACUUCACCGACGUGGCCUUUGAGGAGGGUCACUCUGCUGACCACGAGCCUGAGGACCGCACACUAUUUGCCAGUAGCCGCAGUGGCCACAUCCUGGAGAUAGACUACGGGAGCGUGGCGAUCAAGAACGUCAGGAGACUGCUGCCUGCCCAGCAGCCCCACGCUCAGCGCCGUGAGAAACAGACCUUCGGCAUGGGUCUGGGCAUCGCUGUCAACAGCAUCAGCGUUUCAUCAGCGUUCUGCGCCACAGGCUCUGAGGACGGCUUCCUGCGGCUCUGGCCCCUAGACUUCUCCACCGUGUUCCUGGAGGCUGAACACGAGGGUCCUGUGAGCCUUGUGUCCGUGUCCGACGACGGCCUCAGCGUCAUGGCGGCCACCACCAGCGGUAACCUGGGCUACCUGGACGUGAGCAGCCGAGGCUACAGCACCCUGAUGAGGUCACACACGGACGGCGUGCUGGGCUUCAGCUUGGACGGUAUCCGUCGGCGCAUCACCACCGCCUCCUGCGACCGCACCGUGCGCGUCUGGGACAUGGACUCCAUGCAGCAGCUGUAUGACUUUGUUUCUGAAGACACGCCCUGCUCCGUGGCCUUCCACCCCAGCCUGCAAGUCUUCUCCUGUGGAUCCAGUUCCGGCCUUGUCAGGGUCUUUGACAUCGCCAGCGCCAAACUACUGGCAGAGCACAGGCAGCACAGAGGGGAGGUGGUGGGCCUGGCCUUUUCUCCAGAUGGCGAGUUCAUGUACAGCGCUGGCUCCCUGGGCUCUCUGGCGCUCUACAACUCCUCUCAGGAAGACCACCAUGUACUCCGAGUACUGGGUAAUGUGGUUGCUCGAGGCACUGAACGUGCUCCUGACGCCCUCACUGUAAGCAGCGACAAUCGCUGUCUGGCUUUCGUCGGGCCGUCUGAGUACACCGUCACCAUCAUGGCCGCCCGCUCCCUGGAUGAGCUGCUGCGUGUGGAUGUGAGUAUCCUGGAUGUGGAGAGUACCACUCUAGACUCGGCCUUGAAGGUGUGCUUCUCCCCGGCCUCCACCGGACACCUACUGGUCACCACCUCCGCCAACAAGAUCCUGUGGAUUAGCGCGAACACCGGACGACUGCUCAGAGAGGUGUCUAAGGUACACAAGCACCAGUGUUCCUCUCUAGCUGUGAGUGAGGAUGGACGUUUCUUACUGACAGCAGGACACAAUGCUGUGAAGGUGUGGGAUUACAGCAUGCAGCUGGAUGUCAACUCGCAGAUGUUCAUAGGCCACAGCCAGCCUAUUCGCCAGGUGAACUUUGCCCCAGACCAGAUGGCUGUGGUCUCAGUAGGAGACGCCAUCUUCUUCUGGGACUUUCUGGCCCACCCUCAGGAGACUGGAACUGACAGACGUUCACCACCAAAGGCAGCCUCUGUUUCCCCUCCUAAACCAUCCCUUAAAGGUCAUUCAGAGUCAGAGGUCAACGGUAGGCUGCUAUCCAAUGGAAUGCCUCGACGGACAGCGCCCCUUCCCACCUCACCUCCGCCCUGUUUGGACAUCAGCUCCAUAGACCGGAUUGGACAAGCUCUGAGCCACCUGUCUCUGUGUGAGGAGGACAUUGACGAGGUUCUUCCCCGCACUGCCCCCCUGGCAGGCCCCUCCCCUCGCCCUCCGUCUGGCUCCUUUCUCAAAGUCACUGAGAUGGCAGCAGGUGGAGACUCAUCAACCCUGAAGUCUAGUCUGAAGAGAGCAGCGGACAAUGAUUCUUUGAAGGUGGAGAAGCCAGUGCGUCCCGACUGCUACAAGCACUUCACCCCACGUUUCAAAACCUCCACCCUCGACCAGAGUACUGCAACUCCUGAACUGGGCGAAGAGGGCCUGCGUCUGAAGGCUGUAAUUGGUUACAAUGGCAAUGGGCGGGCCAACAUGGUGUGGAAUCCAGAAACAGGUCUGUUUGCGUACUCCUGUGGUUGUGUGGUGGUGGUGGAGAACCUACACACUGGCUCCCAGAGACACUGGCUGGGCCACACUGAGGAGAUCUCCUGUCUGGCUGUUACCAAUGACGCGCAGACUGUGGCCUCGGCGGCAGGGGGCAGCGGUGGCUCCAGGAGCCUCAUCUGCAUCUGGAACGUUCAGGAUGGAACCUGCAGUAAUACCAUCUCCUACCACCAGGGGGCGGUGCAGGCCCUGUCCUUCUCCAGGGAUGAUUUCUUCUUCCUCACUGUGGGGGACUUCACCGACCCGGAGGUGGCGUUGUGGAGCACCAGGACCUACCAGCUGCUGUCCAGGGUCAGUGUGUCCGGCCCGCUCCACGACGUGGCCUUCAGCCCCUCUGCAGCCAGCCAGCUGGCCUGUGUGGGCAGCCAUGGACUCUACUUCUGCAACACCCACACACAGGGCCUGGACGUGGAGCUCAAGGUGCAGAGAGUGUGUGUGCCAGAGGAGGUGGGUGACGUGGAGCUGACGGCUCUGUGCUACAAUGCCAACUCCAUCCUCUUCACGGGCACCAACAGUGGACAUGUGUGUGCCUGGGACUGCAACACCCAGCGUUGCUUCAUGACCUGGGAGGCUGACCAGGGGGAGAUCGGAGUGCUGCUGUGUCGGGGGAACCGUCUGUUGACGGGCAGUAACACUCGUAGGCUGAGGCUGUGGGGUGUGGCAGCUGUACAGGGCAUGAGGCCUGGAGGAGAGGACUCUAACACAGAGGACAGAGGUGCUCUGGUGCUAUUGGAGCAGGAGAUGAUGCUGGACGGGACGGUGGUGAGCGCGGCCUUUGACGACGUCAUGGACAUGGGCAUCGUGGGCACCAUGGCGGGUACCCUGUGGUACAUCAACUGGGUGGACAACACCAGCAUCCGCCUCAUCAGUGGGCACAAGAGCAGGGUAAAUGACGUGGUUUUCAGCCCAGACGAGAGCCACUUUGCCACGUGUGGGGAGGAUGGCAGUGUGAGGGUGUGGACGGCCCCCAACAACGAACUGGUGGUGCAGUUUCAGGUGCUCAACCAGAGCUGUGGUAGUGCGUGCUGGAGUCCCUCUAAAGGGGGUGCCUGUGUGGUGGGGGGGUACAGCGACGGGACCCUAAGGAUCUUUCGCCUGGCCUCCUCAGAGAUGGAACUCAAGCUGCACCCGCACCCUGUGGCCGUCACCGCCAUCCAGUACUCUGCUAACGGUCAGGUGAUCCUCUCUGCUGGGAGGGACGGCCUGAUGGCUGUCAGCAGCCCAGUAACCGGGCUUACCGUCAGACUCAUCAGCGACCACAAGGGGGCACCCAUCACUACCAUCCAGUGUGUGAAGAAACAGUACAAAGAAUUUGGGCUUGAAGGAAACGAGAUGUGGUUGGCUGCCAGUGCAGACAGACGGGUCAGCGUUUGGGCAGCUGAUUGGAUGAAGGACAAGUGUGAGCUCCUGGACUGGCUCACAUUUCCAGCCCCUGCCAAUCCUGAGGAGUCAGACAGCCUUCCUCCCAGCUUGGCUGCUUUCAGCCCCAUAGACCCUGGCCUGGUGGUGUACACAGGCUAUGGAGUGGAGAGAGAGCUGUCCUUCUACAGCCUGGCCAAGAAACGGGUCAUAAAGAAGAUUGCCCUGUCCCAUUGGGCCAUGUGCUUCAGCCUCUCCUCCAAGGGUCGCCUCAUAGCGGUGGGCUCAAAAGAGCGAGUGCUGAAGCUCAUCAAAUCAUCCAGCGGUAGGUUCCAGGACUUCCUCCACCACAGUGACUCUUUGCAGACCUGUCGAUUCUCCCCCUCAGGGAAACUCCUCUUUACUGUUGCCUACAAUGAGAUCCUGCUGUGGGAGGUGCGGGGCCUUUAGAACAAGGUAGACCACUAUACAUUAGUAGACUGUGAACUAUAUUAUUAAAGGACAAUCAGAGGGUGAUCUACUGUAUAGACCCAAGAUUUCACCAUUGGUCCUAGUUAGUAUGGAUUUGUAGAUUGACAUGAGGUGUUGGGUGGUGGUAAUGUAGGUUAAUUGAAACACUUGCUCUCCUGUCUGCAUCAACCCUCGGUUGGGUGUAGAUUAAAAAUCCUCAAUAUUCACGCACGCAAGUGCCUCAAUUUAACUGACAAAGCUAACUGAAUAAUUGAUCAAUUGUUUACUUUAGUCAUUUUAAUUCUGAGGUUUUUAUCAGUCCUGUAAAUUACUUUUUAUAUUUGAAGAAAAUAUUUCAUUUUUAUUUAUAUGAGAGCCUCCUUUGUUCAGUGGUUUUACACUUCAUGGGAGUGAUUUUUGUUUUGCAUGUUAUGUUCUUAAAAUUAUAAUGCGCUAUGUCCAUCAGCCAAUACGGUCAUUCAGUCUAAAUUAUGCACUAAAAUGUUUUGUCCAUCAAUGUUAUACACUUUGUUUUUUUUUCAACAAAGAAAUUUCAAUAAAGGUUGUCACCUCAAAUGAAACCCUAAAUUGUGUCAUUAAUG